AUGCGGGCUCCACUUUACUGGCUGCUGCUCGUCGCCCAUGCCGUGGACAUGCUGGCCCAGACCCUAAGGAAGAAGCAAGUGGACACUGGCUUCGGCAACUGCACGGGCUGCAUCGCCUGCUCCGAGGUGAACGGCUGCUCCAGCUGCCAGCAUCGGCUCUUCCUGUUCAUCAGACGGGAGGGAAUGCGCCAGUACGGCAAGUGCCUGCACGACUGCCCACCCGGCUUCUUCGGCGUCCGCAGCCAGGACUUGAACCAGUGCAGAAAAUGUCGGUCCACGUGUGAGAACUGCUUCAGCCGGGACUUCUGCAUCCAGUGCAAAAGCAAUUUUUACCUGCACAAGGGAAAAUGCCUGUCCACCUGCCCGCCUGGCACCCUGACCCAGAAGAGCUCACAGGAGUGCAAGGAGGAGUGUGAACAUGGGUCGUGGGGCAGCUGGAGCCGCUGCACACGCAAGGGGAAGACCUGCGGCUCAGGCUGGGGCCUGAAGACGCGGGUACGAGAGGCCGGCCGGGAUGAGCAAGAGGUGACCACCUGCAAGGUGCUGACCGAAUGGAAGAAAUGUUCCAUGCAGAGGUCCUGUCCUGCAGGGAAAAGUCACCGCCCGAAGAAGGGCCGCAGAAGGCCGCGCCUGUACCUGGCCCGGAAGUGA